UCGUCCCUCAUAUAACAUUAGGAUGAAUUCGCAAGCAAGUGAAGUAGGUGCAGUAGUUAUCUCUCUUUGUUUGACUCUACGCUGUUUUGCUGUUGAGGUACUUUAUGAUCCAGAGGACACGACAGUCUUUCUGGACAGGUUUGGAGUGUUCAAAUAGCUCUUUCAACCGGUGAUACAAAGGGAUCUCCGAGACAGAGGGAUCAACACCCCUAAUGGUACUAGACUGGAGAAUCUGACCAUCCCAGCCAGAGCUGAGUACAAUGGAACUUUAGUUCAGUGUGUGGUGAUUACAGAAGAUGGUUUGUCUUCAGUACUGAGUGAGAAUGCUACAUUCUAUAUUCAAGGACUUGUAUCAGCAGUGGAUUAUUUGAGAGCUAAAGGCAAUGCUGGCUCAGUGACCAUCUCAUGGAGUGCUCCAUUCUCUCUGGAUGUGACUGGUGUUGAUCCUGACAUCUGGUACUCUGUCCUCAUCUACAAUGUGACAGAUGAGAACAACCCAACAGCCAUCCUCUGUACUGACUGUAUCAAUAUCACUGAGACACACUACACCUUCACUCCUGACUACCUCAGUCCUUGUCACGUGUUCAACUUCUCUGUCAUCCCAUCCAAUGGGGCUGGCCAGGGAGAGAGCAGUGAUAAUGUUACAGGCUACAUAUACAAAGCUCCACCAGAUUUCAUUGUUUUUGAAGCAAGCAUAACAGUUAGUAGAAAGAUUCCCAAGAACAUGUUCCUUGUUGUGAUUGAUAGUGACUUCAUAGGAAAAGUGUUUUGUCAUGGAGAGUUGCCAGAAACAUUUGUAGUACACUACAGUAGUACUCAGACACACUGUCCGCCAGUAGUAUCAGUAGAGGCCUCAGAACUGACUCCAGACAAAGAGGCCUUGCUCAUAAAGUCUGAGGUAGCUCUGGGGAGAGACUGUGACUACACUGUCCACCUCACCUCCCGUAAUGGAGCUGGUGACACCAACUCCACUGGAACACUCUCUAUCAGUACGAGGGUGUUGAUAGUGGAAGUGGUGGAGUUGGAGGGAGAGGUAGUGGUGAGGUGUGUGUUCAGAGACACCCUCUCCCAGAGGUGCUAUGUGCAGCUGGUGAGUAGUGAGGUGGAGGGAGGGUUCCAGGAGGGAGGGUGUGUGGAGGGGGCGGGAGAGGGUGUCCACAGGUUCCCUGGCCUCCUCCCUGCCACAUACACUGUGUUGGUCUACGGUCUGGUGGCAGGGGGAUUGGAGGACUCUUGUUCACCAGCUCCUGGAGAUCCUGACUACAUCACCGUGGCCACUGUCCAUGAUCCCCACCCAUCCUCUGUCAACAAUCAACCUUCUCCUACUAAUAAGAUGACAAGGCCACUUGUUAUUCCAAAUCCCUGGUGUGCUGAAGGAAUUGGUGUUGGUGUAUGUAUGGGAGCUAUUGCUACGUGCAUUUUGUUUGUGAUGGGGAUCAUUGUAGUAAAGGUGCUCAAGAAACACAGACAAAGAAGGAACGUGGCUAAGUCAUCAGCAGCAUCUUCCCAACAUGUGGCAAUGGAGAAGAACAUGGCGUAUGAAUUACAUAAACCACAGCAUCGGAGAAAAGACCACACUGCACCUCAACAGGCACUGAAUCCAAUAUACGAAGAUUUGAAGUAAUGUAAUUAUUUUAUCAUGGCAUUUUACAUAUCAGUUAACUAUAUUUGAUACUCUGUUUGUUAAUACUCUUUUUUGUAACGUAUUGCUGGGGGACGUGUGCACGCAAAACUGCACACCCCUUCGCAAAUGCGCAUGCGCAACUUGCUCGUUGCGCGUCUGGUGUUGCCGAAACUGAACUAGCAGGCAUGAAGUUUGCACUACUCUUAUGGGUCUUACUGUGCGGAUUGGUCUCAUCUUACAAUGCAGCCUCACUUACUGUCCUUCCCUCUGACGCCAGUGCUAGUGGAGAUGAAGUGGAUGGACCUAGUAACAAGGCCCCUAUCACUGGACACUCGCUGAGAGUUGUUAUUGGUAAAACUGGAGUGUCAGUGGGUUCUUUGAUAAGUGUGCUGCUGUUGAUAUGUCUGGUGGUCGGUAAGAGGAUAAGAGAUAGAUGUGACUCAGCCUCAUACCCAGUCAAAGAACUGGAGAAACGCCAGAGAGAAUGUGGGACUCCUAGGACAACCAUCUUCAUCAACCCAAUAUAUUAUACUAAUAUGCAUUCUUGGCCGAGCAAUCCUUUACAUACCACAGCAGAUAAGAUAAAUUGGGGGGUGUGUCCGGAUCUCGACGACUUCUCACUGGGCAGAGAUGAGAUCUCUAGUUAUCUUGUACCUGUCGCUGUGUGGACUAGUUCCAUACUGCUGUACAUCCCGCGGUCUGUUGGAAAACACUCGCUGCCGGCAGUCUCUGUAGUGGUAUCCUAUGGAUUUCACAUCUGUCUUCAUUUCUUAGCUCUGUCUAUCCGUCUGUCUGUACUACACCUCUCCCUUCCCCUAGCCUCGCCUACUGUCCCUCCCACUGACACUGCCACUCCAGAUGGUGAUGGGGGAGAAGGAGAGGGAGGACACGGUAAUGAGGCUCCCAUCACUGGACAUACACUGGCUGUUGUGAUUGGAGUGUCAGUGGGUUGUCUGAUAGCUCUGGUGGUGGUGAUAUGUCUGGUGGUGGUAAGAGGUCUGAAGCACAGUUAUGGCGGGUCCUCAUCUUACUCUGUCAGCCACAUGGAGAACCAGCAGAAAGACACGACUCCUAGUACCACUAACCCCAUCAGUACAGAAAUAGCUGAGGGAAUGGCAAAUGGAACUGGGUCAUUUACAAGAGAAGAGCCACAGCCUAAACUGAAAGAAACUAAUAAGACAUCACCACAAACUACCACCGUUUAGACCAGUUAGGGCAAAAUUUUUAUGUUGUUGAAUCAUUUUUGAUCAUCUGCACAUUCAUUAUGAAAAUAUACACAUCUAAACCAGGAUCUUGUGCCAAGUCGGCAAUUUCAGCACGUAAUUACAUAACACUUUUAGCUAAUAGUCUCAUAUUCCUCAUCAUUGUUUACUCUGCCUGUUGCUGUGGUGGCAUAUGCAGCAUUGGGAGCAGUAGUUAUAGCAGAAGUGGUGGCAUAUGCAGCAUUAGUCUCCAAUACAAUGACAGGCAGAACUUCGUCAUAUAUUACAUUACUGGCAGAAGUAG